GCUCUUGCAAUUUGUUGAAUGAUUUGAUAGAUAACAGCAGACAUGCUUUGUGGACUGAAAAAGGAUUUGCAGUCAGACUUUGAUGAUGGCCCUUACUCAAAGGGGAGCAAGGACUCUGGUGGGAUGGACACAGCCCUGGUCUCCAGAAGGCAAAGCAUCCCAGAGGAGUUCAGAGGGGUCACAAUCGUGGAGCUGAUUAAGAAAGAAGGAAGCACCCUUGGUUUAACCAUUUCAGGUGGCACAGACAAAGAUGGAAAGCCAAGAGUCUCCAAUCUGAGGCCAGGAGGACUAGCUGCAAGGAGUGACCAGCUGAACGUGGGGGAUUACAUCAAGUCUGUGAAUGGCAUUAACCUGACCAAGCUGCGGCAUGACGAGAUCAUCAGCCUGCUGAAGAACGUGGGCGAGAGGGUGGUGCUGGAAGUAGAGUACGAGCUCCCUCCAGCUGUGCCAGAAAGCAGUGCUGGCAUUAUUCCCAAGACCAUUGAAGUGUCCCUCUACAAGGAAGGCAACAGCUUUGGCUUUGUGCUGAGAGGGGGAGCCCAUGAAGACUGGCACAAGUCCAGGCCGCUGGUGCUCACCUACGUGAGGCCAGGUGGCCCUGCAGACAGGGAAGGGUCCUUGAAAAUUGGGGACAGGCUGCUGAGUGUGGAUGGGAUUCCUCUGCACAGCAUGACCCACGCUGAUGCCCUCAACAUCCUGCGGCAGUGCAGCCAGGAGGCACUUUUCCAGAUCGAGUAUGAUGUGACCAUCAUGGAUACUGUAGCAAAUGCUUCUGGUCCUUUACUAGUUGAAAUAGCAAAGACUCCAGGGUCUGCACUGGGAAUCACACUGACCACAGCCAUGCACCGGAACAAGCAGGUCAUUGUCAUCGACAAGAUCAAGCCAGCCAGCGUGGUGGACAGAUGUGGUGCAUUGCACGUUGGUGACCACAUUCUCUCCAUUGAUGGCACAAGCACAGAACACUGCUCCUUAUUAGAGGCAACUCAGCUUUUAGCUGCGACAUCUGAAAAUGUCAAGCUGGAGAUAUUACCUGUUCACCAAAGCAGGCUGCCUUUGAAGCCUCCAGAAACAGUCAAGGUGCAGAAGAGUGACCACCAUCACUGCUGGGACCCCUGUGUCAACUACUGUCACACCCACCACCCUGGACACUGCAAGACACCCACUUGGAAUCAGACAUCUGGACAGGAUUACUGCAAAUCUCUGGUGGCUGCCAACUUCUCGUCUCCCACCAUGAACGCGCAGGGAUUCCCGUGCCAGAACUCCAACACGCUACCUCGCAGCUCCCACCCCAUGAGCCCCCGCACCACCAUGCUCAGGAGGAGGCAGAAGAAGAAGGAGCACAAGAGCUCAUUGUCGCUGGCCUCCAGCACGGUGGGUCCUGGCGGGCAGAUAGUCCACACGGAGACAACAGAGGUGAUCCUCAGGGGAGACCCUUUGAAUGGCUUCGGACUGCAGCUCCAGGGAGGCAUCUUUGCUACUGAAACUCUGUCUUCCCCACCUCUCGUCCGUUUUAUUGAGCCUGACAGCCCGGCAGAGAGGUGUGGACUGCUGCAAGUGGGAGACAGAGUCCUUUCCAUCAAUGGCAUUGCCACGGAGGACGGGACCAUGGAGGAAGCCAACCAGCUCCUGCGGGACGCGGCGCUCACCAACAAAGUGGUGCUCGAGGUGGAAUUCGAUGUUGCAGAGUCUGUCAUACCCAGCAGCGGCACUUUCCACGUUAAAUUGCCCAAGAAAAGAGGUGUAGAGCUUGGAAUUACAAUCAGCUCUGCAAGCAGAAAGCUGGGGGAUCCUUUGAUCAUCUCUGACAUCAAGAAGGGGAGUGUAGCACACAGAACUGGCACCUUGGAGCCUGGAGACAAGCUGUUAGCCAUUGAUAACAUCCGACUCGACAACUGCUCAAUGGAGGAUGCUGUGCAGAUUUUACGGCAGUGUGAAGACCUGGUCAAAUUGAAGAUUAGGAAGGAUGAAGAUAACUCUGAUGAGCAGGAGACAACUGGUGCUAUUAUCUACACGGUGGAGCUGAAGCGAUAUGGGGGCCCUUUGGGAAUAACCAUCUCUGGGACAGAGGAACCUUUUGAUCCUAUUGUCAUUUCGGGCUUGACUAAACGAGGGCUGGCAGAGAGAACUGGAGCCAUCCACGUUGGGGACCGGAUCUUAGCAAUCAACAACGUGAGCCUCAAGGGCAAACCACUGAGUGAGGCCAUUCACCUGCUGCAGAUGGCAGGAGAGACUGUCACCCUCAAGAUCAAGAAACAGACAGAGAAAUCCUACCCCAAGAAGUCGGGGAGCAUCAGCGAAGUAAGCGACCCAGAAGAUGAGCUGACAGACUCCCAGAAAACUAGCAAGCUGUCUGAGAUAUACUCCACCACAGUUCCAAGUGUGGACAAUACUGUGGAGUCCUGGGAUGGCUCUGCCAUUGAUGCUGGGUAUGGAAGCCAAGGUACAUACAUACCCCAGGCUGCUGGCAUAGCCCUCCAUCCACACGAGUGGAGACACAGCAGGCAAAAGAGCAGCACCCCUCCAGCAGACCCCAGGAAAAGCUACCCCUACAUGGAUGGAAGCUUCAGUGAAGAUGACUGGGACAAGCCCAGCAGAUACCCCAACCGCCAAAAUGGCCUUGAGACCACUCAUGAGGACAAUUUUUGGCGUGUUUUUGGAGAAGCUUUGGAGGAUUUGGAAACAUGCGGCCAGUCUGAACUUUUGAGGGAGAUUGAGGCAUCCAUCAUGACAGGGAGCGUGCACAACCUGGGCCUGGAGGGCAGCAAGCUGCUCCUGGACUCUGUCAGCCCCUCGGGAAUGAGCCCACUGAGGAAAGCCAACUCCAGCUGCACGGAUGGACAGACUGAGGGCAGCAGCUCCCCCGCCAAGAAGAACGAGAGGAACCUGGACAUGAAGAAGAUCGAGAAGGAGAUGCAGGAAAUCAUGUCCCCGACCCCCCUUGAGUUUCACAAGAUGACACUCCACAAAGACCCAGAGAGUGAAGACUUUGGAUUCAGUUUGUCGGAUGGCCUGUUAGAAAAAGGUGUCUAUGUAAAUAUGGUCCGUCCGGAUGGGCCAGCAGAUCAGUGUGGCCUCAAGCCAUAUGACAGAGUGCUUCAGGUAAACCGCAUCCGAACGAGAGACUUUGACUGCUGUCUGGCCGUUCCCUUGAUUUCAGAGGCUGGAGAUAAGCUGGACCUGGUGAUUAGCCGGAACCCCUUGGCCCUGGCUGCCAACACUCCCUCGGAGGGGAACAGAGAGCUCCUGGCACAGGGGCCCCGCAGCGCCGAGGUCAAGGCGAGUGUGCAGACGCUCUGAGCAGCAGGAGCAGAGCAGACGAUGCUUCUGCUGAGCUCUUGUGGUAUUUGGGGUGUUUUUCCUGGUUUUUUUUUGCACUGGUAUUUGUAAAUGCUUUGUGUACCAUAACCUGCAAGUGGGGAGGUGGGUCUUCAGUGAGCCUGUAGACGGCCAAGUGUUGCUGGAAAGGUCAGAGCUGGGUGUGGGUCUGGGGCUGUGGCAGCGAUGGCAGUGGGACAAAUUGCCAACGGGAGGAAGGAGCAUCCACAGCCAUCCCCC